ACGCGUUCCAGAAAUGGGAAGCCUCCGGUAAAAACUCCUGCUGCGAUUAGCAACCGUCUCGUCUCCACUAGGAGCAAACCAGGAACUUCUCCAGACAACAGUGGGAGGAGUCGAAGAGAGCCGUCAGACGCCAUCGGCAAGGCUUACGUCCUAUCACAGGCCAUCACCAGGGGGAGGACAGCCCCGGAGAGGAGGAGGCGCUUGAGCACAUCGUCCUAUGUUGAUGAGAGCGGGUACUUGUCUCCAUUCAAUGAGGCAAGCGAGGACGACGAUGAUGACGAGCAGGAAGAAGAGGAGGAAGAACAGGAGGG